CCUGCCUGUAACGGUCAGAUUAGUGGAAGUGUGCAUGAUCCCGAGUGUCUGAUAAUCACGCAGGUUCAUGCGGGCGUACACUGGCAGCGAUGAAGGUUUCCGUCGCCAAGGUGCUCCUCGGAGUCUUCGGAGUGGCCGCCGUCGUCGUUUUGAUCGCGGUACCCACGGCUAUACACCUGAGGGAGAAGCAGGGGGGAGACGGGAGCCAGAGAUCGUUCACCCUGGGGGACGUCUUCAACAGUUCACUGAAGCCAAAGUCCUACGGCAUAAGGUGGAUCUCAGAUUCUGAGUAUCUCCAUAAGUCCCAAGGUUCAGUCUCCCUCCACAACGUGGUCACAGGAGAGUUCGAAGAGUUCCUGAGCAAAGACAAGUUCAACGAAAAAAACGCUUACGAUUACCAGCUGUCUGCUGACCGCAAAUAUGUUGCUUUCAUGAGCAACCACACUAAGCUGUGGAGGCAUUCAUUCACAGCUUCAUAUUCACUUUAUGACGUGGAAUCAAAAAAAUUUUUCACACCCUCUGACAUUCCUGAUGAAGUCCAGUACUUUGCCUGGGCUCCUGAAGGGAACAAACUGGCCUUUGUUUGGGGAAAUGAUGUGUAUAUAAAGAUCCGACCCGGGGCCCCACCACAGCAAGUCACAUAUAAUGGCAAGGAGAAUCAGAUUCUAAAUGGGAUCCCGGACUGGGUGUAUGAGGAGGAGAUGUUCUCAUCCAAUCAGGGCCUCUGGUGGUCACCCGGAGGGAGGUAUUUGGCCUACGCUGAGUUCAACGACACAUCGGUCCACACGAUAGAGUACUCCUGGUACGGCGAGAAACAGUACCCUAGCACUGUUUCCAUUCCAUAUCCAAAGCCAGGUACUCCGAACCCCGUCGUGAAACUGUUUGUUGUGGACACUGACAACAUAACAAAAAUUACUGAAGUUGUUGUUCCUGCCGCUUUCAGCACCAGUGAGCACUACUUGGCCACGGUUACCUGGGCGACAGAUAACCGUAUUGCCGUCCAAUGGCUGAAGAGAUUACAAAACCACCUCAUCCUUCAGCUCUAUAGCUUCAGUGGAAACAAAUGGGAUCCUGUUGAGCAUCUGGAGGUGAAAAGCUCCACAGGCUGGAUUGGCCGGUUCUCGCCACCAGAACCUGUUUUUGCUGCAGACAAGAACAGCUAUUACCUUUUGAUGAGUGACACCAAAGAUUACAAGCACAUCCAUCACGUAGUCAAGGGAAUGGCCACACCAAUCACCUCUGGAGAAUGGGAAGUCAUUGGCAUUCUGAAGGUUACGGCGGAUGCUGUAUAUUAUUCAAGUAACCAAGCGGGCGGCAAGCCGGGAGGAAGGAAUGUUUACAAGUGGACCAAACAAAGGACCGAGUGUCUGACUUGUGCGUUACAUGGAGAUAAAUGUCAAUAUAACUCAGCUUAUUUCAGCCACAAUGCCUCCUUCUACCAAAUGAGCUGCAGUGGUCCGGGCAUUCCUUACCAUUCCCUCAUGGAUAACAAGAAUAAUAAAGAGCUGAGAACUUUGGAGGACAAUAAAGCGUUUAGCAACCUGAUAUCUGACAUCCAAAUGCCCACCAUGCGUCGUGGCACCAUCAAACUGGCCGGAUACAAUCUCUGGUACCAGAUGUUUUUGCCUCCAGGCUUUGAUGAAUCCAAGAAGUACUCUUUACUGAUAGAUGUGUACGCAGGCCCCAGCAGUCAGAAAGCAGACUUCGUGUACAGGGUGAGCUGGUCCACCUACCUGGCCAGCACUGAGAACAUCAUCGUAGCCAGCUUUGACGGAAGAGGAAGCGGUUACCAGGGUGACAAGAUAAUGCAUGAAAUCUACAGACGUCUGGGAACCUAUGAGGUGGAAGAUCAGAUAGCUGCAGCCAAGGAAUUCAUCAAAAUGGGCUUCAUUGACAAAGACAAGGUUGCUAUUUGGGGCUGGUCUUAUGGUGGAUAUGUUACGUCAAUGGUCCUGGGAUCUGGCAGUGGGGUUUUCAAAUGCGGAAUGGCGGUGGCUCCGGUUUCUAAAUGGAAAUAUUACGAUUCCAUCUACACAGAGCGCUACAUGAUGGAGCCUUCGCUGAAUGCUGACGCCUACACCAACUCGACAGUAACUGCCAGGGCCAAGAAUUUCCAUUCAGUGCAGUAUCUUCUGGUUCAUGGAACAGCGGAUGACAAUGUACAUUUCCAGCAGUCAGCUGAGAUCUCGGAAGCCCUGGUGGAGGAGCAUGUGGACUUUGAGGCAAUGUGGUACACGGACAAAGAUCACGGGCUCGGCGGCGCGGCCUAUCAACAUGUCUACACCCACAUGAGUCACUUCCUACAGAGGUGCUUUGCAUGAAAUCCUCCGGAUCAACAACAUCUUUUUUCAAUGUCUCAUGUGAAUAAAAAAAAAAAAAACAUUUUUGGGACCAAGACUUUAAUUGUAAAUGCAGGCUUGAUUAUUAGUGUUCCAAAUGUCAAGGAAAAACUUGUAUUUACCUUCUAAAAAAAACUCAAAUUUCAGCACAAACUUGUUAAGUAGAAAGUGGUCCAAGUCAAACUGUCAUUCUAUGUCUGUGAAUUUUUUGUCUUGCACAUAUUCUGUCCGAGAAAGCAGCGUCUCUGGAAAUUAUUACUGAAAUUUUUACUUUUUUAACAAGGUCAUUGCCUGACCUGAUUAUAGAUACAAUAAUGUGAAGGUUAAAAAUUGAAAAUGUUCUGUCAAAGUGAAACUGUACUACAUCUAAAUUUUUGUUAUAGUAUUGUGUUAAGUGAUAAACAGAGACAUAAUGCACUUUGUGAUUUUAUACAAUUUAAUUAAACGGAUGAGA